CAGCACUUGAGCGCGUCUUCCACAUGCACGCGUCCUUCACCGCAGAUAUGCGCCUCUUCGCCAGAUUUUCAACGGGUGCCCUCCUGCCGCUCGACCACCAUGGCCUUCGAACUGAGGAUCCUCCGCGUCGGCUAUGCUCUGUUAGACAAGGGCUUGGUUCCUGAUAUCUUGAUCCGCCUCGCUAUACGCUGGUUAUGCAGCCAGAGGAUACGUGAAAUCGACCAUGGGUCCUUCGAAACGAACUAUUCUGCGAAAAUGCGCUGGAUUGAAGAGGUCCGCGCGAGAGAUAGCAUUGCCGACCUGACAAAGAAGGCCAACGAACAGCACUACGAGGUGCCCACGAACUUCAUUCUGUCCUGCCUAGGACCAUACGCCAAGUAUUCCAGCUGUCUAUACCCAACGGGCAAGGAAUCUUUAGAAGAAGCGGAAGUGCUGAUGCUUGAGAGCUAUUGUGUGAAAGCGCAGCUGGAGGAUGGAAUGGAGUUACUCGAUCUCGGCUGUGGUUGGGGAAGCCUGGCGUUGUAUCUCGCUCAGAAGUACCCAGGAUCGAAAAUCACCGGCCUGUCGAACUCACGUACUCAGAAAGAGUACAUCGAAUCCGCCGCAAGGUGGCGAGGGUUGCACAACAUCAACAUCGUCACAGCUGACAUCAAUGACUUUGACUUCAGCGAGGGAAACCAGUUCGAUCGCAUCCUUUCCAUCGAGAUGUUCGAGCACAUGAAGAACUACAAGACGCUUCUCAGCAAGAUCACGUCCUGGAUGCGCCCGGAAGGCCUGCUCUUCGUGCACAUCUUCUGUCAUCGCUCUAUGCCAUACCACUUCGCUGGGGAUGACGGCUGGAUGGCGACACAUUUCUUCUCAGGUGGGACGAUGCCUUCGCACGACCUCCUGUUGUACUUCCAGGACGACGUCACGCUCCUGCGCAGCUGGUACGUCAAUGGUCGACACUACGCUCGCACUUGUGAGGACUGGCUUGUGCGACAAGACGCAAACGCUGCCACAGCCAUCCGAUACCUCGAGCGCGAUGCCUCAGAAAAGGGCGUCGGUGCGGAGGAAGGACGCAAGGUGUUUUAUCGUUUUCGUGUAUUCUAUAUGGCCUGCGCGGAGCUGUUCGCUAUGAGAGGUGGAGAAGAGUACGGGGUAGGCCACUACCUGUUCAAAAAGCGGGUAUGAAGAUAUACCACGGAGUCGACGAACGUGAGAUAUGCACAGGGAAUUGCUG